AUGACCCCGCUGUCCAAGCUCGGACCGGCGAAGAGCGCGACGGGCAACAACAAUAGGCCCCCGUCGAGGCCUUCCUCCGCGGCGAGAAGGUCGCUCGCCACCGCCGCCGCCGCCGCCGCCGCCAAACCCCCCGGCGUCGGCGAGAGCGGCGCGAAGGGGGCGCAGGUCACCGUCGGCGGCGAGAACAUCGUCUCGGCGGUGUACGUCAGACGCGACGUCAUCGUCACCGGGUUUCCAUCCGGCGCUCUCGGCGUUUGGACGGUGUCGCACCACGGCGACGACGGCGCGCGGUGCCACCCCGUCCACGACGCCGUCGCGCGUUGGACCGUGUCGAUGGCGCAGAGAAUCGCGGGGGCGCACGAGCCCGGCCCGCGGGUGAACCUGAACGACGGCACGACGACGUACGGCGGCGUCCGCGCGAUGACGAUGCGAGCGGAUGGCGCGACGAUGCUCACGGGCGGCGCCGACGGUUGGGUGCACACGUGGGAGCUCGCCGACGGGACGAUCGCCGUCGUGGGCAGACCCAAGACGGACGGCCCGGGGAAGCCGCCGGUGGAGAGGCGGCGCGCGGUGCUGCUCAGGAAGCUCGGGUCGAGCGGGGAAACCGCCGGGCCGAACUCGUUUAGGAUUUCUUCGCCGUACGCGAACGAACCCCCGCCGGCGUUCAGGGCCAUCGACUGCAGGCCGCAGGAUUCGUCGCAGAGGCGUUCGCGGGAGGUGCCGUACGAGUUCGUCAUGGGCACGAACAAGUGCGACGUGUGGGAGGUUGAGUACAAGCGCGGGAUCGACCACCCGCCGACGAUCGGCGUGCAGGUGUACGGUCACGUCGCGGACCUCUACGCGAUUGCGUCGCAUCCCACCGAUCCCGACGUGUUCGCGUCGUGCGCCGAGGCGGACAGGGUGUUCCUGUGGAACGCGAACGAUCGAACGCUGGCGAGGACCGCGCCCGUCGGGCUCGUCGGGCGGAGCAUCUGCUUCAGCGCGACGCCGGUGCCGAAGAGCUCGACGUAUUUUCCCGACUGGCGCCCGGUCAACCGCAAAGACGGCGCCCCGUGCGACGCCGGUCACCACCUCGCCGUCGGCGGCAAGUUCGGCAAGAUCGCCAUCCUCGACGGCGUCACGCUGCAACCGCUCGUGGUGCUCAAGGAUGUGCGAUCGGCGGUGGACGACCUCAAGUACUGCGGCGGCCCGCGCGCGAUGCUCGCCGCCGCCUCACACGACAUAUGCGUCGACGUUUACGACGUCCACAGGGGGUACACGCACCUGAGCCGUUGCCGCGGUCACAUGGCCGCCGUGACCCACCUCGACUGGUCCCUCCCGAUGUUCCCGCACCUUCCCGCGCGGCGCAUCCUGCAGGCCACGUGCGCGGCGUGCGAGCUGCUGUACUGGGAACCCGUCAGCGGCGAGCAGGUGCUCGAGAAUCAGAGGGACGCGCGUUGGGAGUCGUGGACGUGCGCGCAGGGAUUUCCCGUCAUGGGCAUCUGGGAGGACGGCAGCGAUCGCACGGACGUCAACGCCGUGGACCGCGCCAAAUCCGGCCAGGACGUGUUCGACGAAAAGAGUAAAGAAAUCGUCGAGGCGGACGCGUGCGCCGGUGGUCUAGACCGCGCCGGUUACGUCGUCACCGCAGACGACUUCGGCAAGGUGAAGCUCUUCAACUACCCUUGCGUGUUCAACGACGCGCCGUACAGGGAGUACAAGGGCCACGCGUCGCACGCCAUGUGCGUCCGGUUCUCGUGCGACGACAGGCGGGUGUUCACCGCGGGUGGGCACGACCGCGCGGUGCUGCAGUUUACCACCCGGGGCGUUCGUCGCGACGAGACGCCCCAAACGUACGCGCCCCCGCCGGCGCCCAAACGAACCUGGGGUCCGAUCGACGGCGGCAAGGCGUACGGUUGGAUCGAGGAAGAGGCGUCAGCCGCGGGCGGGGGGAGCGAGCGGCGAAAUCGCCGGGCGCCGCCCAAGGCGAUCGCCGGCGCCGCCGCCGCGGAGGAGGCGCUUCGUCUGAAGCACGAGGCGGAGGAGGCGGCUCGGGUAAAGGAGGAGAAACGGCUCGCCGAUCUCGCGUUGGGACCCAAACCGUCAAACGCCAAUUACGGACAGACGUCGGCGGGUGCGACGGGAACCGUCGCGGGCCUCUCCGCGGGCAUCGCCAAGAGGGACAAGCUUGUCGCCGACGUGGACAAGCCGCUGACGGCCAUGGCGGCGCAGCAGCAGCCCAAGCAGCAGCCCAAGCCGCGAUACCCGGAACAGGCGAGGUAG